CCGAGGCGCAGGGAGCUGCGCGUUUGGACUUUUCUCGCAGUAACUGUGGGCGCGGCAUAAUGCCAGCCCAGAAGCCCGGAAGGCCGUCUUCUUUUCACGGAGUUUGUCCGUCAGGCAACCUACCCGAGUCCCCAGCCUUGUCCCACACAGCGAGUGUAAAUUCUUUUUCAAGCUUCUGUAUCAUUCUACCUAGCGAUUUUUGCUAAAGGAAACAAUCUAUGAUUGACUAUUUGAAGAUAUAUAUAUUGGACAACUAAAAUCUACAAGAGCAGAGAGUGCUUGGUACAAAGCUACAUUUUCUACCUGACUUGUAUCUUUGAUUGCCCUAUGAAAGUUUGAUUCUAAACAAAGCAAAGCACCAGUGAUUGAUUCAUGGAAUAGUAUUUCACCAGGCAUCCAGCAUGGAUGGAAAGCUAUGAAGAGUUGAUUAGAAUUUGAAGCCAAAGCAUACCAAUUUGAAAACUCCAUCUGUACAAGAUCCCAAAUGUGGUGUAUUUUCAUGGUGAUAUACUUCAUGGUACCUCUUGGAACUACUCAUGGUGUCUUUCAAAGUCGAAGGUCCAUAAACCCUGAAGCGAAUAUGAAUAUUAGCCAAAUUAUUUCCUACUGGGGCUAUCCUGAUGAAAAGUAUGAUAUUGUAACUGAAGAUGGUUAUAUCCUUGGCCUUUAUAGAAUUCCUUAUGGGAAGACAAAUAAUAAUAACUCAGCUCAGAGACUUGUUGUAUAUUUGCAACAUGGUUUGCUCACGUCUGCCAGCAGUUGGAUUUCCAAUCUUCCCAACAAUAGCCUGGGCUUCGUUCUGGCAGAUGCUGGUUAUGAUGUGUGGAUGGGAAACAGCAGAGGGAGUACCUGGUCCAGGAAACAUAAGUAUCUGAAAACUAAUUCCAAAGAAUUCUGGGCUUUCAGUUUUGAUGAGAUGGCUAAAUAUGACCUUCCAGCUUCUAUUGAUUUUGUUCUGAAACAAACCGGACAAGAGGAAAUAUUUUAUAUAGGCCAUUCACAGGGCACUACUAUCGCUUUCAUAGCAUUUUCCACCUUCCCAAAGAUAGCUGAAAGAAUAAAAAUAUUUUUUGCCUUAGCACCUGUUUUUUCUAUUAAACACACAAAAUGUCCUUUACUUAAAAUGGCAUACAAGUUGAAGUCAAUAAUCAAGGCUUUUUCUGGUGAUGAAGACUUCUUACCUAAAACUUCAUUUAACAAAUUUGUUGGUUCAAAGCUGUGUCCACUACCGAUUUUUAAUAAGAUUUGUGUUGGUAACUUGUUUAUGAUAUAUGGAUAUGACCAGAAGAACUUAAAUAUGAGUCGUUUGGAUGUGUAUUUUUCACAGAACCCUGCAGGAACAUCUGUUCAAAACAUGGUCCACUGGAGUCAGCUUUUAUAUUCUACAAACUUGAAAGCCUUUGACUGGGGAAGCCCUGAUCUGAACUUGGUUCAUUUUAAUCAGACAACUUCUCCAUCCUACGAUGUGACAAAUAUGGAAGUGCCAACUGCCACGUGGAAUGGUGAACGUGACUUGUUGGCUGAUCCAGAAGAUGUUGAAACUUUACGUUCAGAAAUUAAAAACCACUUUUACCAUAAAACUAUUUCUUACUAUAAUCAUAUAGACUUUUUGUUUGGGAUGGAUGCCUAUGAUCAAGUUUACCGUGAAAUCAUUGAUAUUAUCCAAGUCAACUUAUAAUGGACUGUGGUACUUUGAGUUUGAGGAUCUAUAUCACUCCUAUUAAAAUUCAAUUACUUUUUUUAGUAUGUAUUUUUUUUCACUUAUUUAAAUAUAGUUUGUAAUUUUUUGCUAUUUUCUCAUUGCCCCUUGGCCCUUCAGCCAUUAAAGCAGUGGUAUUUAUCAUCUCAGGGAUAUUGACAGAUUGUAAGUCAUUAUAAAUAAGUCUUCUGAGUUUCUUCUAAAUACAGCAUUUAAAAAACUAAUAUGAGAAACAAUAAUCAUAAAUGUUUCCCAUUGCAAAAAUGACUUUUUAAGAUCAAUUUUUAUUUCAAAACAAUGUGAACUUCACUAAAUCAUUACAGAAAGACUUUAGAGGAAUACUUGAUGAUAGGAAAGUUCAUUUUCUUCAGCACUGAAGAGGUAAAAUAUUUUCUGAGCUAUGUAAGGGAGUUUGGGGAGAAGAGAAAGAGCAUGAAUGUGAAUAUAAUGCUAGAGCCUUGUGAUCACUUUAGGCCAAGUUUCAAAAGAUAGGGUUAUCAUUGAAAUUACACAGAGAUCAUGCCUCACAGAUACAGCCUAUAGAAACUGAAGUUGCCUUUCAAGUCUAGUGUGUGAUUAGAGUAGCAAUGGUUGAGGUAUAUUCCCAGAUAAAUAGACCUGAAGGUAGCUUUGCCAGAUAUACAAUGUAGGUUUUGCAUGAAAAAUCCAGGAGCUUCUUAUACAUCAGAGAUCUAUGGAUAUUUUUAAGACAGUACUGGAAGAUGGGAAGAGACCCAAAAUUUGGGAUGAAAGGAUAUUGUUAAUCAAUGCAACCUAUGUUAUGAGAAACUCAAACAUAGCAAAAAUAAUAUAAAAUAAAAUUUUUAAAUGGAAAUAGAGCUAAAUAGCUGUUUCUCAAAGGAAGACACAUGGAUGAACAACAGGUAAAUUGAAAUAUGCUCAGCAUCACUAAUCUCAGUAAAAUGCAAAUCAAAUCAACAAUAAGAUAUCAUCUCACUUCAGUAAGUAACUAUUUUCAAAAAGACAAGAUAACAAGUUUUGGUGAGGAUGUGGAGAAAAGAGAACCCUUGCACACUGUUGG